AUGCAACAACUAUACCUGAUUGACGGAGCCAAUUUUAAUACAACACUCAAUGAUGAUAUAUUCCGAAUCGUACUUUCAUUUCUCCCAUGCAACGAUUUAUUAACUAUGAAAUUGGUGAGCAAAAAUUCAUUCAGAAUGUGUCAACUCACCGAAGAAGAUUUUCUUUGGGAAUUACAUUUCAAAAGUACAAUGAAUGAAUUGAAAAUUGCAACUACAGAAUCUCACUUUAGAUACUCCGAAUCAGAAAAUCGAUGGAUCUCGGUGACAGUUUUAAAUCCAAAAUAUUCGAAUAUUGACAUUACCGUUUCGUGUAAUUUUAAAGAAAAUCUUGUUUCAAUUUUGAGGGAAUUUCUUUCCAAAAACCUUGAACUAAGAAAAAGUGAAAUUCAGAAAGAGAUUGUCUCCACUGAAAAGUCAAUAGAGUCGUCCUCAAUAUUAGGAAGAUUGCUACAAACUAAUUUGUUAAAACCUCAAAAGCUUAAUAGUUCAUCACAAUGGUCUGAAUUGCCAAAUAUUGCCAAGUUUUGUAACAAGUUUAAAGUAUUCCAUUGA